CCACCCGGCCCGGGCCUUUGUUUAUGUUCUUUGUGCUCGCGUCGGAAAGUCGUCUGCUUGGCGUCUGCUGGAGCCCAACAAACACACCCGAAGCUCGUUCAAGGAUCGCCCUGGAGUCUCCAGUCGCAGCGCCGUUCGCUUUUCCGGGCGAGGUGUCGGCGGGUCUGUCGUAGCCGUGUUAGGGUCAUCGGCCUGCGCUUGCAGCUGCAGGCAGGGGGCGCCAGGCGUUGUUGGGGCGUCUCGCCCGUCGGGGAUAGUGAAGCGUCAUGCAGUGGUGGCCAGGGGCGGCGACGGCGACGUCCUUGCUGCACGACGUGGAGCUCAUCAUGCCCGCCGUACUGACCGUGGUCGUGCCCCUGGUGGCGACGCUGUGCUUCAUCCGCGCCCUGACGUCCUGGUCGUGGGGCCGCUGCACCAACGCCAUGGCCCAGGAGGGCAAGGUGUUCGUCGUGACCGGGGCCAACAGCGGCCUGGGCAAGGAGACGGCCCGCAUGCUGGCGCAGCGGAAGGCCCGGGUCGUCAUGGCCUGCAGGGACAUGGCGGCCGCCUACCUGGCCGUCGAGGACAUCCGGAAGACGACCCCCAACGGGGAGCUGAUUCCCAUGCAGCUUGAUCUCGCUUCCCUGGAAUCCGUGUACACCUUUGCUCAGGAACUACUUGCUGAUUUCCCUCAGAUACAUGUACUGAUAAACAACGCUGGUCUUUCAAUCCCAGACGAGAAGGAACCCAUGACGGAAGACGGGAUUGAAAUGCACUUUGGAGUUAAUCAUCUUGGACAUUUUUUCUUGACCAAUCUUCUGUUAGAGAGACUGAAAGAGUCUGCACCUAGCAGGGUGAUAAAUGUGUCCUCUCUUCUACAUCGCCAUGGCAUCAUUGACUUCGAUCACUUAAGCAAAGGCCCUCUUCCAUCUCAAAAGAGUGGUAAUUUACCUCCAGCAUACUGCAACUCUAAGCUAUGCAAUGUUUAUCAUGCAAUGGAGUUGGGUCAGAGGGUUGGCGAUUCAGGAGUUGAUGUUUUUACAUUGUGUCCUGGAUGGUGUUACUCUGGGCUUAUGCGACAUUAUAACUUUCCAUGGUACAAGUAUAUCACUAUUGUUCCAAUCGCAUUCCUGUUCAUGAGAUCUUCAAACAAGGGGGCCCAGGGUAUUGUACAUUGUGCUCUUGAGGAAAACCUUCCUAAAAACUAUGGCACAUUUGGGUUUUAUCGCAACUGCCGACCAUUUACAUCUCAGACUCCUUUUGACCCUGAUAUUGCCAAACAACUAUGGGAGUACAGUGAUAAUUUAAUCAAGACUCAGGCUCCUAGCAUUGUGAAACGUGUUUUAAACUAAAAACCCACUGACACCUGUUAAUUUCUAUCAUUAAUUUAUUAUAUAAUGUGUUUUAGAUGUCAUCGUAACUCUUGUAGAGGUUCAGUCUUAUAUUUACAUAUUUAUAAGAAAUCUUCACAAUGUAUCACCUUUUUUAAAGACAAUUGUUUAUUUGAUCAAUCAAAUCCUUUCUGUGCAUUUGGUCUCUGUAUUUAUGUACAAAGUGCCUAACACCCUGACAACCAUGUUUUUGAACCUGUCAUCUUAAUUAUACGCAUACAUUUAAGUCUGUAGCUGUAGCAAUGACUUUCUGUUGUCAUUUUAUUUCUCUAGUGAUAUGAUGAAAAUUCUUUAAUAAUGUAGAGGAUUUGUUGUCAUUCAAAUAAACUCCAAGUGUAA